CAUGGAAUCGAUCGAACAUAUAAAGUACUCAUUAGAAACCUCUUCUCUUCCUUCAUCUCUUUGAAAAUGGCUUCAUUUCUCUACCUCUUUCUUCUCCUCUUCAUUUCUACUCUUCCGCCGCCGUCCAUGGCGGCCCUCACCGGCGAGACGUCUUUUGUCUACGGUGGCUGUUCUCAGUCAAAAUACACACCCGGGUCAACCAUCGAGUCAAAUAUCAACUCUCUCCUCACUUCCCUCCUCACCUCCUCCUCCUUCACACUCUACACUAACUUCACCGUCGCCGGCGCCGGCGCCGGCGAUACUGUAUACGGUCUAUUCCAGUGUCGUGGCGAUCUAAAAAACGUGGCAUGUGGCAAGUGUGUGACUCAUGCCGUGGCUCAACUUGGGUCUAUCUGCCUGGACGCAUGCGGUGGCGCGUUGCAGCUGGAGGGGUGUUUUGUGAAGUACGACAACGUUAGCUUUUUGGGAGUGGAGGACAAGACUAUGGUGGUGAAGAAGUGUGGGGCGGUGAUGGGGUAUGAUUCCGGUGGGUUGGCUAGAAGGGAUGCGGUGUUGGCGUAUUUGGCGGCGGCUGAUGGCGGCGGUGGGUAUCAGCCGUUUAGAGUUGGUGGGUCCGGAGAUGUUCAAGGAUUGGCGCAGUGCGUUGGGGAUUUGGAUGCGGUGGAGUGCCAGGAUUGUGUUGCGACGGCGGUGGGCCGGCUGAAGGCGGACUGUGCGGCGGCCGGGUGGGGGGAUAUGUUCUUGGGGAAGUGCUAUGCUCGGUUCUCCCAUGGCAAUGUCCGCCCCCGCGCUGGCGGCGGUGGAAAUGAUGGUCGAAACGACGAUGUUGAGAUAGAGAAGACCAUUGCAGUAAUAAUUGGACUCAUUGCUGGAAUUGCCUUCAUCGUCGUCUUCCUCGCUUUCCUAAGUCAUUAUUGUGACAAACAAAGAGGUGGCAAAUGAAGUGAAUUUUGAAAUGGAUGCAUCUCGAACGUCUUCUUUUGAGUUCAUCGACCCGUGGGUUCUUCUCUUCGUAGUCUUAAAAAAAAAAAAAAAAAAAAAGCUUCAUUGAAAGAAGCUACAACGACAACAAAGAGAAAAAGCUCAUGAGAUUCGACAUGUCGGACCCACUCAACUUCAAGCUUUAUCCUCAUAUGAAUUUACAUAUUGCUUAUUCUCCUUUUUUAUUUAUUUUUUUGUUUCCCACUAUUUGAUAUAUUAAUUGAGAAUAUAUUUGAUUGAAUUCCUUUUUUCUUUUAUGGGAGAAAAAAGGAAAACAAAAUUGUACUAUUAAUUGUGUGUUAUUUGGUGGGUUUAAUGAAAGUUCCUAUGCUCUCU